CCUGUAGUCACAGUUUUAUGGUGUGCGGAAAGGUCAGACGGGUAGCUUGGUUUACUAGAUAUUGUUUUACUUGGUAUCAACAGUAAAAAGUGUACGCUUGUAUUCUUAUGUUGGUUGCCCUAGUAAAACCUGCAUGUUGAGUGUAAAGGACAAUCUUAAGGCCUUUUCAAAAUUAGUCUAUGGGGCAAACUUCUACUCUCCAGACUUUGCAGAGCACGUUCCUACAGUGCUAGGAAAGAACUACUUGAGUAGUAGACUAAAAGAGUUAGGAAAUGCAAAAGUUGAACCUUAAACCAACAGCUUGGAUUUAAAACAGCUUUUUUGUUUUGUUUCACUUAAUAAUUAUCUUUGUUUAGUUUGCAUGUAGAAUUUUGCAGAAUUGGACAUGGUGUGAUUAAACACGGAGCGUUUCUUAUUUAUAGAGGGCAAUGGUAAAGUUUCGAAAUUUCAAGUAUGUUAAAAUGUUGCUAUAAAUAAAAUCUAUUCAGCGUUUUAGAUUUUAUAAAUUUUAUAAAUCUAAAAAUACGCUGCCAGUUGUCCUUUGGGUGCAGGAGGAGGUCCUGGGUUUCUCCGUGCUUGUUUCUGGGCAGAUUUUCAGUAUUGUCAGCAUGAUAUGGGUGUAGAGCCUUAACCUGAGUGAAUAAUUUGAGAUUACAAGUCUGUUUUGCAGCUGAGAAUAGACUAUCGGUCUAUUAUUCCCAGUCUGGUGACCUGUCCAAGAAUAGACUAAGGAAACUGGGUAUUUGUCUGUUUGGUGGAAAAUAUGGCUGAGUUGAUUUUAUAAUCAGCCAGAAAAUGAAUGUCUGAAUGUUUUAAUUUUUUGUUGUAAGGUUUAAAUGUAGUUUCUCCACGCUGGAUGUUUUCCCCUUCCUUUGCAAAUAGAAAGGACUAGAGGAUUCUCACAAUGUUACUUUUAAUGCGAUUUGUAGCACAUUUACACUCGAUUAAAACAGAUGCUUACGAUAUUUAACUGGGUGGAUGUGUUUUUUAUGUGGCUAUUUUUCAGUGGUAAGGGAAUAACAGGUAAUUUGAAAAUGUUUAGCUUCCUCACACAUGCUAGGGAGAAGAAUUAUGUUAAUUUAAUUUAAUUAAUCUCUGCUAAAAUCUUUAGGAUGCUUAUUAACAAGAUAUGGAUGCUGUGGAUUUUCCCCUCAACUUGAUUGCUGUGCUAGCCACACACGACAGUAUCUGGUUAAAAUGUUUUUCGGUAGACCACAUAUAAAAGAAUACCUUUUCUUUUGAUAGUAUAUGAGUUGCAGUUGAACCUUUUUGUUUUGUCAUAACACAUUCCUAACCUUUUUUAUGUCUUUCCUCCUAUAUCACAAAAACAAAAACCACUUUUCUUUCUCCUCCCCAUCUCCAAAGAACGGUGGAAAUGUUUAAUCUGAUGAGGUGGUUCUCGCCCAGGGAUAAUUUUGGUAAUCUGGAGACAUUUUUGGUUGCCAUGCUGGAGGGUUUACUGGCAUCCAGUGGGCAGAUGCAAAACAUCCUACAAUGUCCAGGACAGCCCCUCAUAACAAAGAAUCACCAGUACCAGUUGGUAGUGAGUUGAUUCAUAGUAGUACUGUGCUCCAUAAAUUUUUGUGGCUGAAGUUUUGAGCUUGCAGGUGAAGUAUAUACAUUGGGUAUUUACAUGAAAUGUUUUGAAAGUACGUGGGCAGUAUAUUAUCAGAGGAGGCAGUAUCAAUGGGUUUCUUUUUAUGUUUUUAAGUUUUCUAUAGUGUUAACUUUGUUUUUUAAAUGUGUAAACAGUGAGGACAAAAGAUGGUAUAAGCGAAGAUUUCUUUAGAAAUUGUUUCAUAUAAGAAACUUAUGUUUAUUUUAUAGAAAGAUUUUAAAGAUGCAUAUUAGCAAAAAUAAAAAUAAAGAAACUGCUGUUAAUAUUGUUUAUGCAGCUUAUAUUUUCAUUAACCUUUUAUUAUGUGAAAAUUUAAAUAGAUAAAAAAUAGAAUAGUAUUAUGAACCCCUGUGUACCCAUGACCUAGUUUCAACAGUUAGCAAUUAAUAGCCAGUCCUUUUUCAUCUGUACCUCUACCGACUUUCUCCCCUCUCAUUUUUUUUAACUUUUUAUUUUGAAAUAAUUAUAGACUCAAAGAAAGUUGCAGAAACAGUACAACAGUUCCGUGUAUCAUUCACCCAGCUUCCCCCAGUGACGGAAAGCUCUAGUGAGACAUCAAAACGAGGAUUAAGGGAGGAAUCUGCAGCCUGGAAAUUCAGCCAAGUGAUCUGGCGGGAUGGGCAUUUGCCUGCUAUACUUUAUAGAGGAAUUGGAUGACAUAAGUGAUUAAGGUGGUAUUGAGGGUUUCUGAAGCCUGUGAAAGGUGGAAACUCAACCAUGAUUUCUUUUUCAACUCUACAGCAUUCCCUUCCUUGAAGUCUUCAUUUUUACCUUAGUCUCAGGCAGUUAUACUUAAGCAUGAACAUUGACGACAAACUGGAAGGAUUGUUUCUUAAAUGUGGCGGCAUAGACGAAAUGCAGUCUUCCAGGGCAAUGGUUGUAAUGGGUGGAGUGUCUGGCCAAUCUACUGUGUCUGGGGAGCUGCAAGAGUCAGUGCUUCAAGAUCGGAGUAUACCUCACCAGGAGAUCCUCGCUGCAGAUGAAGUGUUACAAGAAAGUGAAAUGAGACAACAGGAUAUGAUAUCACACGAUGAACUCAUGGUCCAUGAGGAGACAGUAAAAAAUGAUGAAGAGCAGAUGGAGACACACGAAAGACUUCCUCAAGGACUACAGUAUGCACUUAAUGUCCCUAUAAGUGUAAAGCAGGAAAUUACUUUUACUGAUGUAUCUGAGCAGCUGAUGAGAGACAAAAAGCAAAUCAGAGAACCAGUAGACUUACAGAAAAAGAAGAAGAGGAAACAACGUUCUCCUGCAAAAAUCCUUACAAUAAAUGAGGAUGGAUCACUUGGUUUGAAAACCCCUAAAUCUCAUGUUUGUGAGCACUGCAAUGCUGCCUUUAGAACGAACUAUCACUUACAGAGACAUGUCUUCAUUCAUACAGGCGAAAAACCCUUUCAAUGUAGUCAAUGUGACAUGCGUUUCAUACAGAAGUACCUGCUACAGAGACAUGAGAAGAUUCAUACUGGUGAAAAACCUUUUCGCUGUGACGAGUGUGGUAUGAGAUUCAUACAAAAAUAUCAUAUGGAAAGGCAUAAGAGAACUCAUAGUGGAGAAAAACCUUACCAGUGUGAAUACUGUUUACAGUAUUUUUCCAGAACAGAUCGUGUAUUGAAACAUAAACGUAUGUGCCAUGAAAAUCACGACAAGAAACUAAACAGAUGUGCCAUUAAAGGUGGCCUUCUGACCUCUGAGGAAGAUUCUGGCUUUUCUACGUCACCAAAAGAUAACUCACUGCCAAAAAAGAAAAGGCAGAAAACUGAGAAAAAAUCAUCUGGGAUGGACAAAGAGAGCGGUAUGGACAAAUCUGACCUGAAGAAAGACAAAAAUGAUUACUUGCCUCUUUAUUCCGCAAGUACUAAAGUAAAGGAUGAGUAUAUGGUAGCAGAAUACGCUGUUGAAAUGCCGCAUUCUUCAGUUGGGGGAUCGCAUUUAGAAGAUGCAUCAGGAGAAAUACACCCACCUAAGUUGGUUCUCAAAAAAAUUAAUAGUAAGAGAAGUCUGAAACAGCCACUGGAGCAAAAUCAAACAAUUUCACCUUUAUCCACAUAUGAAGAGAGCAAAGUUUCAAAGUAUGCUUUUGAGCUUGUGGAUAAACAAGCUUUACUGGACUCAGAAGGCAACGCUGACAUUGAUCAAGUUGAUAAUUUGCAAGAGGGGCCCAGUAAACCUGUGCAUAGCAGCACAAAUUAUGAUGAUGCCAUGCAGUUUUUGAAAAAGAAGCGGUAUCUUCAAGCAGCAAGUAACAACAGUAGGGAGUAUGCUCUGAAUGUGGGUACCAUAGCUUCUCAGCCUUCUGUAACACAAGCAGCUGUGGCAAGUGUCAUUGAUGAAAGUACUACAGCAUCCAUAUUGGAUUCACAAGCAUUGAAUGUAGAGAUUAAGAGUAAUCAUGACAAAAAUGUUAUUCCUGAUGAGGUACUGCAGACUCUGUUGGAUCAUUAUUCCCAUAAAGCUAACGGACAGCACGAGAUAUCGUUCAGUGUGGCUGACACUGAGGUGACUUCUAGCAUAUCAAUAAAUUCUUCAGAAGUACCUGAGGUCACCCAGUCAGAGAAUGUUGGAUCAAGCUCCCAAGCAUCCUCAUCAGAUAAAGCCAACAUGUUGCAGGAAUACUCGAAGUUUCUGCAGCAGGCUUUGGACAGAACUAGCCAAAAUGAUGCCUAUUUGAAUAGCCCGAGCCUUAACUUUGUGACUGAUAACCAGACCCUUUCAAAUCAGCCAGCAUUCUCUUCCAUAGACAAGCAAGUCUAUGCAGCCAUGCCCAUCAACAGCUUUCGAUCAGGAAUGAACUCUCCGCUAAGAACAACUCCAGAUAAGUCCCACUUUGGACUAAUAGUUGGUGAUUCACAGCACUCAUUUCCCUUUUCAGGUGAUGAGGCAAACCAUGCUUCUGCCACAUCAACACAGGACUUUUUGGAUCAGGUGACUUCUCAGAAGAAGGCUGAGGCUCAGCCUGUCCACCAAGCUUACCAAAUGAGCUCUUUUGAACAGCCCUUCCGUGCUCCAUAUCAUGGAUCGAGAGCUGGAAUAGCUACUCAAUUUAGCACUGCCAAUGGACAGGUGAACCUUCGGGGACCAGGGACAAGUGCUGAAUUUCCAGAAUUUCCCUUGGUGAAUGUAAAUGAUAACAGAGCUGGGAUGACAUCUUCACCAGAUGCCACAACUGGCCAGACUUUUGGCUAAAAAAAAAAACAAAACAAAAAUGUAAAUAAUACUGGCACUUUAGAACAGAUUAAUCAAGAAUGGGGUUACUCUGUGUAAGAUGGAGUGCUGUACAGAUUCAAGAGCAAUGCGUUAUAACAAGUUAAGCUGAUAUGAAUAGCAAGAUAAUCCAAUAACUGCGUUUUGUUUGGUUAGUCAGCAUUCUUUGAACUGCCUUACAUGUCGUCACCUUUAUAGAAGCAAUGCGUUACUUGUUUUAGAUCAGAAACUUGCUAUUCUACCUACACCAAGUUAAAAAGGAAAAAAAAAAAAAAGACUUUCGCACAAUUGUUUCCUAACUGAUACCAUUGUGCAUUCUUAGGAGGUUAGUAAUUGUGUGAAAUUUACUCAUAACUGUUUCUAAGUUUUUCAGCGCAGUCAUUGCACUUCAGCAGGGAAUCUGAGUAUACUUUACAGACAGAGUGAACUUAAAAGUUUAAAUGUCAAGAGAUUAUGGCUUAAAUAAAUUAGUGUGUCCUAUAGGGGGGAAAAGAAACCACCUUUUAAAGAGAAUGACAUGCCAUAUACCCUUGAUUUUCAUUUUGCAUUAUAUUGACGUGUUUUUUUGAAGGAAAAAAGUAAUAAAAAUCUGAUAGUCUAAGACUCCACUAUUUAAAAGCCUAAUUACUUUUAAAAUAUGCAUACUUUCAAAACUUUUACCAAAAUACACAACUGUUGAAGCGUUCACUUCUCUAUGGAAGUAUGCAUAUCGGUGUCAGUUUCUUUGUACAGUUGUACCUAGAUAUUUUUUAUGAUUUUUCAUGUGCAGGUAUCAAGGUUUUGAAGUUUUAGUAAAAAAAAAUAUUCUGUAGAUUACAUUCCCAAGAACAUAAUGCUUACACAAAAUGUAUAUUCCACGUUUUAAAGCUUAAUUGUAUUUUACUUUACAUAUACACUUCAGUUAACAUAGAGCACUUAGAAUCUAUUUGGUAUUUUUGAUUUCUCAAAGUAAAAAAAAAGAUUUAGAUUUUUAGGUUUGAUAUGAUUGUGUCAUAAUCAUCUCAUAAGUGACAAUUUUAAUUUUUGGCAAUAAAAGGAAAUUGGAUUGUCUUUGGAGCUGUAAAACCGCUUUAAUCCUUCUCUUUCUAGAAUCUUAAUAGAUUGGAUAAUUAAACAGUAUCCAGAGAAACUAAAGAAAUGGGCAUUUUAAUUGCUUAUUUUAUCUUGAGUUACUUUUUUAAUGAUCAUUGCUCAUUACAAUUUUACAAACCAAAAGUGUUUACUAAUUCUAGUAACAACAAUUUCUUUUUCAGCUAGAUAAGUGAUCGAAAACUUUUUGUUGCAUUUCAAAAUCUAAAUAAACUACAGACUUUAUCCUUAUACCACGAAUGUUUUUUUUUUUUUUUUUUUAAAUACUUUGUCUUAAAUAAUACAGCAUGGUACAAUAAAUAGUGAUUAUAUAUAUAUAUAUCUCUCUAUAUAUAUACACUUUUAUGAAGAAUGAUGGUUUGAGUUGCAUAUUAGACAGUUUUGAUUUUUGGAAAAUAACAUUAGUUAUACUAAUUCUGUUCUCCUGUCUUAUUUGUUCCAACUUUGGUUUUCUUAUUUAAAAUUUCCACCAUCUUUGUCACAAUGCACAUACUGAUAUAGCACCAGUGAUAAUCUGAAAUUAAUACCUUUGGAAGAUGAAACUUGUUAAUUUCCAUUCUAGCCUUUAUAUUGGCACUAUAAAUCUGUAGUUUUGUUUCAACAUAAAAUAUGUUAUCCAUUUAAAUUAUUUUUUUCUUUUAUUUAAUGAUAUCCCAAGACCGUUCCCAUAAAAAAAGGGAGCAAAGAAAUAUUCACCCUAACAUCCUUCACACUUAUUUUGAAUAUAUUGGUGUUUUUAUGAUAAGGAAUAUUAAUUAUGUUUAAUGUGGUUUCCUCUACACUUUGGUUAUUAAGCUUUGCUUGAAAUGUUAGUUUUCCCAUUUGACAGCUUUCUUUGCUGCCAGGUUUUGGAAGGAACUAGACUUCCUUGAGGUAAAUAUUUGAGUUCUGCCACUGUUGACUCUGAAGGUUGCUAUGUGUUGGGUUGUACAUCACAUGACUGUAAGAAGGCUUCAUCCAGGUGAGAGCGAACACGAAACUGUGCUCACACUAGGCAGGCAUUUGCGUUUGUUUUCAUUGUUUUUUUGAUGAUAGAAGGCAUUUAUUUCCUGAGUUGACUUUUUUUCAGCCUGAUCAAAAAUUUUGUUCCAUUGAGAACUUGGUGUAGUUUUGGUUACAGUCUAAAGUUUUUUGUUUGUUUCAACAUCACCAGCACAGUUUUUAGAAUGUGACGCUGUUGCUGAGCAGUUAGGGUAAGCUUAGGAAGGAAGGCCUUUGAAAAUACUAGUUAUGCAAGCAGAAAAUUCAGGUGUUGCACUUCUGUCUUCAACACAUUUCAUUAAAUCUACACAAUGGCAGACUUUUCUACCAGGUUAUAAGCAUUUUUGAGAUAAGUGAUAUUUAGCAGCAUAAAUUAUUAAUUUACCAUUUAAAUUAUAGUCUUUACUCUCUUACUGUGAAAUUAUCGAUGCCUACCAGAGUUACUUUGUAUUAUUAUCAUCACUAUGAUAAACAUCUCAAUAGUUUGGGUUUCCCCCCAUUGGUUCAGAAUGUUAUUUAAUUUCUAUCUGGGCAUUAAUAGAGAAGAUAACUAGCCUUGCAUGCGGCUUUAGAUUGGAACGUUGAGGAUAUGAAAUAUCCUUUUGCAGCUUGUUUCACAUGCUCUUACACCCCUAAACUUUUUUUUAAUUUUUAUUUUGCUUUAGGUGAGAGUUCACCCUUAAACUUUUGAUCAAUAUGAGUGAGGUGUGCUUUUUCACUUAGGACUUAGUCUCAUGUUUGAAGAUUGGAAACAGGUCACCUUAGGUGAGGUAAUAUCUCUUGAACAUCUUCUAAAAGUUUUUUGUGCCUUUUUUAUUUUAUUAUUUUAAACUUCUUAUUGCACACAUAUUUCGUUUGGUUCAGAAUAUUUGAGUGGCUCUUAAAUUUUUUGGAUCUGCAUGCAAAUUUUCUACUUGAUAUAGUAGAAAUCUUUUUAGCCCUAGCUAAGGAUUGUCAGCAGUCCAGUAAUUUUACCUUUUUGAGAGGUAGAAGAGGCCUGUGCUCAGGGUAGGUUUCAUUUCCACAAGUAAGAGAAACUUGCAGAAUGCCAGCUAGGUUAGAUCUUUUGCCACUUCUUUCAUUUUAUUUGGGUUUUUAAAGGGCUGUUUAAAAAAAAAAAAAAAAAAAAACCAGGAAACUUUUAAAGUAGGCAUUACUGUAGUAGUGCAUUUCUUAGAAGAUUUUAAACUAGAACUCAUUUUUUUUCCCAUGGUAUAUUUACUUGAAGAAGCACUAUUAUAGUCAAUGAAAAAAAUUUUGAGUCUACAAUUUAAUUUAAACUUUUUCAGUUUCAAAUUGCUUUAUUUCAGGGAAAUAAUUUUCCAGUUUUUGCUAUAUCUGCAAAUAAAAACCUUAUGUUUCCUUUUUUCACUUAAACUUUGGUAGGAAACAAACUAAAGCAGACAAACAUUUCUUUGUUAUGUUUGUUGCUUUCUUUAAUCCAAUGGAUAAAAAAGUAAAACCCUGUAAACAUUAUUUUAUUUUUUUAUGCAAUACCAUGCUGUAAAUAUGGUUCAUCAAAUAAGGAUGUACCUAUGAUUGAAUCUUUAAUUCUGCACAGUUAGAGUUUAUAUAUAAACGUGUCUUGACAAUCAAGGACUUUUAUGUGAGUCUUCCUUUACAAUGUUUAUUAAUGUUAUGCAUUCCAUUUGUUUUAAAGUGAGUACCAAUGUGCUAAUUUGUAUUGUCUGAAAGUAUGUAAUGUUUUUACAGCUUGUUUUUAAGAAUCUGUAAAUAUGUACAAAUCACAGUACUGCUUUAUGUUAGAAGGCAUAUGAUGUUGUACUGUAUGUAAGCAAUAAUACAUAGCAGUGCUAACUUUACAAAUAGCAUCAGGAAAGUUCUAAAAAACCUUUCAGAGUUAUCAAUUAUCCUUAUUCAUUUAAGAAUUAUGUUUAAUCAGUUUUUAUAAGCAAAUUCCAUUGUUCCUCCUAUUGGAACAUAACACUGUUUACACAGCAUAAUUGAAGUUGCAGGGGAGACAGGCUAAAUCUGACUUCAUCUGUACUCACUUUCACUAAGCAUUGAAUGGCCUUACCACUCUUCUGCAAGAUGGAGGAAGACUGCAAAACUUAGUGCCCAUCACACUGAAGGAAGGGGGGUGUUUUCGUUUUCUUUCCUGCUUCUGUACUGCUACCUAACCUUGUGGUUUGCUUUGGAUUUUAAUAUUUGUUUCUGUUUUAAAUUCAAGCCCGUAAGUUUGAGGUGACUUCAGCUCCAUUGUGAAAUAGAUAGUUCUCUUCAUAUUUCAUAGCUGCAUUCAAUAAUUCUGAACUUUCUACUUUGAUUUUUAGAUACUUAUUUUUCAAGCUUGAUUUCUCAACUGAUCAGAUGAAUUUAUUCAACUUCAAUACAAAGAAAGACAAACCUAAUGUAGUUUGAAUUGAGUAGAUACUAUACUGUACAGAACAGCUAACUAUUUGAACACACAUCACUGCUUUAGAAAUAAAAUCACCAAUUUAUAAAUGUAUAUGACCUACAUUUUAUAGGAGAAAUGUUUUUAAAUGCUAGUCAUUUAUAUAAUGUGCUUUGAAGGAUUUGCUAGUCCACUUCUGUCACUUUUUAGUACACUGGUAUCUUUUAUAUGUAAUGUAUGCUUUUUAUUAUUGUAGCAAAGCAUUUCAGUAGAAAGAAUUUUGCAACAAUAUGGGGGAACUUUUUCAUUGUUGGAUUUGAAUUAUACUGGAUUUUAUCUGUGUAAUCUUACUUGUCUUUAUUUUUAAUGCUGUCUGGAAGGGAACUUGGUAUCCAAAUAAAGCAGGUAACCUCAUUUUAUCCAAGGGCAUACUGUGUAGUGCUGAAUUUAAUCUGGAAAUCUGAUGAUUUUGAAAAGAAAAAAUUUAUAAAAUUGUACAGAAGAAAUUAAAUGUGUGAUGGAAAUCCUGAUGAUGGAGCACGUUGACUUUUCUGAUAUAUAGUGUUAUUUUCCUGGGAUCCCCUAUGCCUUCUUUGUAUUUCAGCUAAUAAAGGAAAAACCAUGUCAUUGGAACUGUUAGGAUAAGAGGAUAUUCUGAUGAUACAGUAUUACUUUUCCUAUCCCAUUUUCUGUCCCUUUCUCAAUCACUGUAAAUUUUUAUUUUCUAUUUCCUAUUGAUAAUUAAACAUGUACAUAAUAUAGAUGCUGUUGUAUAGAACUGAAUGAAUUGGGUUGCUAUGCUUGAAUGAGUAACUAAGCGGAAAUAUUUUAUGGAUACUGAGAAUUCAUAAAAUGCCAGAGCAAAUUUACAUGGGAAAAAGAGGGACAUUGUGUGUCUUGAGAAGGUGACUGCAGAUUGUUUCUUCAAUCCCGUGGGAUAUCAGUGUGAAAGAACCAACUGCAAACUCAACAUCAGAAACAGUGGGUUUUCCCCUCCCCUUUCCUCCCCAAAAGUGCGCGCACGAAAUAUCAAAAUCAACUCAGGUGAAAAUUGUUUUGCAAUGAAACUUAUCAUAUUGAAAUUUUCACUGUUAAAUAACAAGCUAUUUGUGAUAUUUUUAAAUAAAAACUUUCACAUCAGUAGUCAGCAGCCUGACAACUGAAAUUUGGUAAGUCAGUAUAUUUUAAAAAUAUGUUUUGCCUUCCAAACAGAAUUGUUUUUAAACAAUUGGGAGGAUUUUUUUGUUUGUCUGUUUAAAUGCAUUUUUACUGUCAUUGUAAAAAUAAAAUCUUGCUUGACCCCAUAUUAUGCCAUGAAUGGAAUGAAUUGCUGAGCCUUUAUAAUGCAACGAAAGAUGGUUUCAUGCAUAGUCAUGGAACAUGGAGAUGUCUUUAAGCUGACCUAUUCAUUAAGAGGUUUAAUAAGUUUCACGGCUUCUGGCAUUAUUGUUUUCAUAUAGUUAACCUUGCCAUUUGGAGUUUAUAAUACCAUUUUAUGUAUUGUGAUACUAAAGGAAGUUGUUUUGCUUUAUUUUUAAUUGAAUUUUAGAGUAAUUUAUAUUUACAAAUUCUGCAUUUGAAAUGUGGACACUGGCUGUUUGAAAAAUAAAAAAUACAGAAUACAGUUUUUUGAAUAAUUUUCUAGCCGUAUUUUUCACAAUAUUCUGAACCAAAUAUAUAAUAGUAGAUAUGCAAAAACUAUGGUGGGUAGAUAAUUUGAUAUUAACAGAGAAAAGGAUUUCUGUAUGUAAUAAACAGUUUGUCACAAAAGUUAGGUAACAAUUAGCAGGACUUUUACUGUAGCUUUGUGUGGAAUGUUAUUUAUUAGACAGUUCUAAAAUGCAGGAGUCCAAUGUUACCAUCAUUACGUAUUUUAGGUCUGAAAUAUGUUUAACACAGAGCCAAGAAUAUACGUGGUUCUUUCUUUGCAGAUGAGAUUCUAUUAACCCACCAUCAGUAGGAUGCAUACUUUGAGAUUUUUAAAAAAAUUAUUGGAAAUUUGUUUUCAUCCAUCUACUAUCUUGCCAGUCCCCUAUGUUGUGACUAGUGGCAUGCAUUGCCGGGAAGCUGCAGUCAGGAGUGCAGUCUGGGUCCAUCAAACGAACUAAAACUAAUUGUCCCAUGCAGAGAUUAAUCCUAGGACCUUGGCCUUAUUAUAUUAGCCUGGUGCUUUAACCAAUUGUACAUAAUAAUACCACUGAUAUUCUACUAAUGCGUUUCCUAGAUCCCAGUUUUUCUUGAAUGAUUAGGAAUGGUGGGAGAGGGAUGGGCAGAUAGUCUACAAGAUACUUCUCCUACCUUCUAAAUGAGAAGAUAACAAGAAAAAAUAAAAUUGAAUUCUCUU